GCUGUAAGAAAAAAAUCAACAUUACCAGCAAAAGAAAAAAUGAAUCAUUUAUGGAAGAGAAAAAACCAAACCUCUGAUUAGAGAGUAGACUGCAGCUCUUUCCAUUAUGACCUCUUCAGCUGAGGAAGCUUCUUACCCCUAGCGUAGAACCCACCUGCAGUAACAGCAGAGAUUCUUGAAGUAUUCAGUGUGGCAAGGCAGUGGCUAUUUCCUCUUGCCUUCAUGUUGAAUUCCAGAUGUGUCCUGUGACAACUUUUACCUUGAAUGGAAGUUGGACUUGCCUAUUGAAAAUGAGACACUUCCAAUUGAACUUGCUUCUCAUCUGUAUGGCAACCACCACUGCAAUUCCUGUUCUGCCAUGGAAGGUCAAAUGUCCAUUGCAAUGUGUCUGCCAGAUCAGACCAUGGUAUACCCCUAGGUCUGUGUACAGGGAGGCAGCCACAGUUGACUGCAAUGAUUUGUUUAUCUCCACAGUGCCUGAAAGAUUGCCAGAGGGGACACAGAUCCUUCUCUUGCAAAGCAACAAUAUUGUCAGGGUCGAGCAGAGUGAACUGGACUAUCUGAAAAACCUGACAGAGCUAGAUUUAUCACAGAACAGCUUCUCAGACAUUUGGGACUUUGGCUUGAAGAAUAUGCCUCAAUUGCUGAGUCUUCACUUGGAAGAAAAUCAGCUGGCUGAACUUCCUGAUAAGAGCUUCUCAAGCCUGGCUAAUCUUCAGGAACUUUAUCUUAAUCACAAUCAGAUACGCAGGAUCUCACCCCAAGCCUUCCUAGGCCUUGGAAAUCUCCUUCGACUCCACCUCAACUCCAACUUCUUGAGGACAAUUGACAGCCGCUGGUUCCAAGUACUACCUAGUCUAGAGAUCCUCAUGAUUGGUGGUAACAAAGUAGAUGCCAUUCUGGACAUGAACUUCAGGUCUUUAUCCAACUUGAGAAGUUUGGUUCUGGCUGGAAUGAACCUGAGAGAGAUUUCAGAUUAUGCUCUAGUAGGCUUGAAAAGUCUGGAGAGUCUGUCUUUCUAUGAUAACAAGCUGGUCAGUGUCCCCAAGCGAGCGCUGCAGCAAGUUCCUGGACUUAAAUUCUUGGAUCUGAACAAAAAUCCACUUCAGAGGAUUAAACAGAGUGAUUUCACAAACAUGCUACACCUCAAGGAAUUGGGACUCAACAAUAUGGAAGAGCUGGUUUCUAUUGACAAGUUUGCCUUGAUCAACUUGCCUGAACUAACGAAAUUGGAUGUGACCAACAACCCUAAACUAUCGUAUAUCCAUCCUAGUGCAUUCCACCACCUCCCCCAGAUGGAGACUCUCAUGCUCAACAACAAUGCUCUAAGUGCUUUGCAUAAGCAAACACUGGAGUCCCUCCCCAGUCUGCAGGAGAUAAGCAUCCACAGCAAUCCCAUCCACUGUGAUUGUGUCAUCCGCUGGGUCAAUAGUACUGAGAACCAUAUACGCUUCAUUGAGCCUCAAUCCACAUUAUGUGCUGAGCCUCCAGACCUAAAGAGAAAGCACAUCCGUGAUGUCCCCUUCAGAGAAAUGACUGAUAGAUGCCUACCCCUCAUCUCUGACAAAAGCUUCCCUUCUCAUCUAGAGGUGGUAGAUGGUGAAGACAUCUCUCUUCAUUGCAGGGCUUUAGCAGAACCAGAACCAGAGAUCUACUGGGUCACACCAUCAGGCCUUAAGCUACUGCCAUACUCGGAAGAUGGAAAGUAUAAAGUGGACUCUGAAGGGACAAUGGAGAUCCGCAAGGUCACAGUACAAGAGGCAGGCCUCUAUACAUGCAUGGCUCAAAAUCUCAUAGGUGCUGACACUAGAAGUAUCAGCCUGAUAGUCAACAGUUCUUUUCCCUUUAGUGAAGACAUGCUAGAGCUGAUAAUUGAGGAAGUUCAGACCUACAAUAUCCUGGUUGCCUGGAAACCUCAUCUCAAUACAAUUUCAUCUAAUGUCACUUGGUCCAGUUUCAACCCCAGCUUGGACUUAACAAAUAUAGCCCGUAUUCCAACAGGUACCCAUGCGUAUAACAUCACAAGACUACACCACAAUACAGAAUACUGGGCCUGUCUUCAUAUAGCAUUUGCAAAUUUGCAGACCAAGGUUGCCUGUGUCAAUGCCAGGACUAAAGAGGCUCAAUACCAAUACUUGGAAAGCAGGCAGUGUGCCCUGAUGGUGUUGUUCCUCUGCAUACUGAUGCUGUCUAUAAGCCUCAUAGGCAACUAUGGUUUAAGUUCUUUCACAUUGCAAGAUAGGAGCCAGGGAGCCUGCAUGCCAUGGAAAACAGCCUCAUCUUCAGUUCAUGUAGUAUAUCCAACUUUCAUCAAACAGUGGGAUCAAGGGAGAAAGGGUGAGACACUCCUGGCCAUGGAGGUACAAGCAACAUCACUGGACUCCUGAAGACUGUGGGGAGGUUUUCUCUGCAAGAAGGAUGAAUUCAUACAUCUGUUGAAUUUCUUUAAAAAUUACCAAAUACAGAUGAAAGGGGGGAGAUGCUGAAGUAUGAAAACCAUAAAUAUGGAGGAUGGGUAGGAAAAGUGUGUUCCUUUUCCACCCAAAUCACGAGUUUGCUUGGCCAAACAUGUUAUCUUUUAAUCCAAGACAGACAAUCCAUUUUUAUUGAAAGAGAAGUUGCUGAAAAGACAGGCAAUAUCCAGAGCAGACAUCCUGAGUUGGAAAGCAUCAAGCUCGAAAUCCCAAAACAUCUCGGCCUCUUCCAGGCAACUAUGAAUCCUCUGGCAGCCUGUUACUGAUAUACUUUGUGUUCAACACAUUUCUGCUCCCUUGGAAGUACCAAAAGGCCUCUUCCUUUGGGGAUACCUUUCUGAGUGGGUGGAUGUAUAUCACCAUGGAGAAUCUUGACCAGAUCCAACCAGUCUCUUGUAACCUGAAGAGUUUGCCUCCUGCAGUGCUUUCCCAAGGAAGUGAAUUUGAAGAGAGGCAACCUUCUCAUGCUAGAGAAUCAGGAAAAACUAUUA